AAGUACUUGGGUUGAAUGCAACACUUAUCCUUCAUUGGCUCUGCAUCUGGAGCUUCUUUUUCUUGGCUUUUCCCCUGCCUUCAUUUUUACACCUUGAAGGAGAACAAGAGGAAAUCAGCAAUCAUGAGUAGUGACGCUGAGAUGGCCAUUUUUGGGGAGGCAGCCCAAUUCCUCCGAAAAUCAGAGAAAGAGAGGAUUGAGGCACAAAAUCGCCCCUUUGAUGCUAAAACAUCUUAUUUUGUGAUUGACCCAAAGGAGAUGUAUGUGAAAGGAAUUAUCACAGCUAGAGAGGGGGGCAAAGUAACGGUAAAGAAGGAAGACAACACCACUGUAACAGUGAAGGAAGAUGAAGUUUUCCCCAUGAACCCACCCAAGUACGAUAAAAUUGAAGACAUGGCGAUGAUGACCCACUUGAACGAACCAGGUGUCCUGUAUAACCUCAAAGAGCGUUAUGCAGCCUGGAUGAUCUACACCUACUCUGGCCUCUUUUGUGCCACAGUCAACCCCUAUAAGUGGCUGCCUGUGUACAAUCCUGAGGUGGUUAAUGGGUACAGAGGGAAGAAGCGUCAGGAGGCCCCACCACACAUCUUCUCUAUCUCUGAUAACGCCUAUCAGUUCAUGUUAACCGAUCGGGAUAACCAGUCUAUAUUGAUCACGGGAGAGUCGGGUGCUGGGAAGACUGUGAACACGAAACGUGUCAUCCAGUACUUUGCUACAAUCGCAGCUAUUGGUGAUAAGAAGAAAGAGGCAACUCCUGGAAAGAUUCAGGGCACUUUAGAGGAUCAAAUUAUCCAAGCCAACCCUUUGCUGGAGGCCUUUGGCAACGCCAAGACUGUCAGGAAUGACAAUUCUUCACGUUUUGGGAAAUUCAUCAGAAUCCAUUUUGGCACAACAGGAAAACUUUCCUCUGCUGAUAUUGAAACAUAUCUUCUGGAAAAAUCCAGAGUAACAUUCCAGCUGUCAGCAGAAAGGAGCUACCACAUCUUCUAUCAGAUUAUGUCCAACAAGAGGCCAGAGCUUAUUGACAUGCUUCUGAUUACAACUAAUCCAUACGACUUUCCUUUUGUGAGCCAAGGAGAGAUUACUGUGGCCAGCAUAGAUGACCAAGAGGAACUGAUGGCUACAGAUAGUGCCAUUGACAUCCUGGGUUUCAAUGCAGAUGAGAAGGUCGGUAUCUACAAAAUGACAGGUGCAGUAAUGCACUACGGUAACAUGAGGUUCAAGCAGAAGCAAAGAGAGGAGCAGGCUGAGCCUGACGGCACAGAAGUGGCUGACAAAAUCGCCUAUCUGAUGGGUCUCAACUCAGCUGAUCUUCUGAAGGCUUUGUGUUACCCUAGAGUCAAAGUCGGAAAUGAGUAUGUGACCAAAGGUCAAACUGUCCAGCAGGUUUAUAACAAUGUUGGUGCCUUGGGCAAAUCCGUGUAUGAGAAAAUGUUCUUGUGGAUGGUCAUCCGUAUCAACCAGCAGCUGGAUACUAAGCAGCCAAGACAGCACUUCAUUGGUGUCUUGGAUAUUGCCGGCUUUGAGAUCUUUGAUUAUAACAGCUUGGAACAACUUUGUAUCAACUUCACCAAUGAGAAACUGCAACAGUUCUUCAACCAUCACAUGUUUGUGCUUGAGCAAGAGGAGUAUAAGAAGGAAGGAAUUGAUUGGGAGUUCAUUGACUUCGGCAUGGACCUGGCUGCCUGCAUUGAGCUUAUUGAGAAGCCAAUGGGCAUCUUCUCCAUCCUUGAAGAGGAGUGCAUGUUCCCCAAGGCAACAGACACUUCAUUCAAGAACAAGCUGUAUGACCAACAUCUUGGCAAGUCCAACAACUUUCAGAAGCCUAAACCUGGUAAAGGUAAAGCUGAGGCCCACUUCUCUCUGGUCCACUAUGCUGGGACAGUGGAUUACAACAUCAGUGGUUGGCUUGAAAAGAAUAAGGACCCACUGAAUGAAACCGUUAUUGGGCUCUACCAGAAGUCUUCAGUGAAGCUUUUGUCUUUCCUCUAUUCUUCGUACUCUGGUACAGAUGCAGAAGCCGGAGGCAAGAAGGGUGGAAAGAAGAAGGGUUCCUCCUUCCAGACUGUGUCUGCUCUUUUUAGGGAAAAUCUGAACAAGCUAAUGAGCAACUUAAGAAGCACUCACCCCCACUUUGUACGUUGUCUUAUCCCCAAUGAAACAAAGACCCCAGGUACUAUGGAGCAUCACCUGGUCAUGCACCAACUCCGGUGUAAUGGUGUACUUGAAGGCAUUAGGAUUUGCAGGAAAGGAUUUCCCAGCAGAAUUCUUUAUAGUGACUUCAAGCAACGAUACAAGAUUCUAAAUGCAAGUGCCAUCCCAGAAGGCCAGUUUAUUGACAGCAAGAAGGCUUCUGAGAAGCUUCUUGGAUCUAUCGAUGUUGACCAUACACAGUACAAGUUUGGACAUACCAAGGUGUUCUUCAAAGCUGGUCUGUUGGGUACCCUUGAAGAGAUGCGAGAUGACAAGCUGGCACAGUUGAUUACUCGUACUCAGGCUAUGUGCAGAGGAUAUCUCAUGAGAGUUGAGUUUCAGAAGAUGAUGCAGAGGAGGGAGUCUGUCUUCUGCAUUCAAUACAAUGUUCGUUCAUUCAUGAAUGUUAAACAUUGGCCAUGGAUGAAACUGUACUUCAAGAUCAAGCCUCUUCUGAAGAGUGCUGAGUCUGAAAAAGAGAUGGCCAACAUGAAGGAAGAGUUUGAAAAGACAAAGGAGGCUCUGGCCAAGUCAGAAGCAAAGAGAAAGCAGCUGGAAGAAAAGAUGGUCUCAGUUUUGCAGGAGAAGAAUGAUCUGCAACUCCAAGUCACAUCUGAAUCUGAGAACCUGUCAGAUGCAGAGGAAAGAUGUGAAGGUCUCAUUAAAGCCAAGAUUCAGCUGGAAGCUAAAAUAAAGGAGAUUAAUGAGAGACUUGAAGAUGAAGAAGAGUCAAAUGCUGAGCUAACAGCCAAGAAGAGGAAGCUGGAGGACGAGUGUUCUGAGCUGAAAAAAGACAUUGAUGAUCUUGAGCUGACUUUGGCCAAAGUAGAAAAGGAAAAACAUGCCACAGAAAACAAGGUUAAAAAUCUUACGGAAGAGAUGGCAGUGCUAGAUGAAAACAUUGCCAAACUGACCAAAGAGAAGAAAGCUUUACAAGAAUCCCAUCAGCAAACCUUGGAUGAUCUGCAAGCUGAAGAAGAUAAAGUCAACACCCUAACCAAAGCAAAGACUAAACUGGAGCAGCAAGUGGAUGAUCUUGAGGGCUCUUUGGAGCAAGAGAAGAAACUUCGUAUGGACAUGGAGAGAGCCAAAAGAAAACUGGAGGGUGAUUUGAAGUUGGCACAGGAGUCGACAAUGGAUUUAGAAAAUGACAGGCAGCAGUUGGAUGAAAAAGUUAAAAAGAAGGAUUUUGAAAUAAACCAGCUACAGAGUAAAAUUGAAGAUGAGCAGGCAUUAGCUGCUCAGUUACAGAAGAAAAUUAAGGAGCUCCAGGCCCGCAUUGAGGAACUGGAGGAAGAAAUCGAGGCAGAACGUGCAGCUCGUGCUAAGGCAGAAAAGCAACGUUCCGAUCUUUCCCGGGAGCUUGAAGAGAUCAGUGAGCGCCUGGAAGAAGCAGGUGGAGCAACAUCGGCUCAGAUUGAGAUGAACAAAAAGCGUGAGACAGACUUCCAGAAAAUGCGGCGUGACCUGGAAGAGGCCACCUUACAACAUGAAGCUACAGCUGCUGCUCUGCGAAAGAAGCACGCUGAUAGUACGGCUGAGUUUGGAGAACAAAUUGAUAACCUUCAACGAGUCAAACAGAAGCUAGAAAAAGAAAAGAGUGAACUUAAGAUGGAGGUGGAUGAUCUUGCCAGUAAUUUGGAAUCUGUCUCUAAAUCCAAAGCGAACCUGGAAAAGAUAUGCAGGACUCUAGAGGACCAAUAUAGUGAGAUAAAAACAAAAGAAGAAGAACAUUUGAGAGUAAUUAAUGACAUAAAUACACAUAAAGCACGUCUUCAAACAGAGAAUGGUGAAUUCUCUCGUCUGCUGGAGGAGAAAGAGUCAUUAAUUUCUCAGCUCUCCAGAGGGAAGCAAGCUUUCACCCAACAAAUUGAAGAGCUAAAGAGGCAUCUUGAAGAAGAGACAAAGGCCAAGAAUGCCCUGGCUCAUGGCCUGCAAUCCGCCCGUCAUGACUGUGAUCUACUCAGAGAGCAAUAUGAAGAGGAGCAAGAAGCCAAAGCAGAACUUCAGAGGGCACUGUCCAAGGCCAAUGGUGAAGUUGCUCAGUGGAGAACAAAAUAUGAAACAGAUGCCAUCCAGCGCACAGAGGAACUGGAAGAUGCUAAGAAGAAGCUUGCUCAGCGUCUCCAAGAAGCUGAAGAGCAAAUUGAGGCUGUUAACUCAAAGUGUGCCUCUCUAGAGAAGACCAAACAGAGACUUCAAAAUGAAGUUGAGGAUCUUAUGGUUGAUGUAGAGCGUUCAAACUCAGCCUGUGCUGCACUUGAUAAGAAACAGAAGAACUUUGAUAAGGUUCUGGCUGAAUGGAAACAGAAAUAUGAGGAAACCCAGGCUGAACUAGAAGCUUCUCUUAAGGAGUCAAGGGCUUUGAGCACUGAGGUUUUCAAGAUGAAGAACUCAUAUGAAGAGGCAUUAGACCAGUUAGAGACCCUGAAGAGAGAAAACAAGAAUCUCCAAUUGGAGAUUACAGACCUGACAGAACAGAUAUCAGAGUCGGGAAAAACCAUUCACGAGUUGGAAAAGGCUAAGAAACAGGUUGAACAGGAGAAGUCUGACCUGCAAUCAGCCCUUGAAGAAGCUGAGGCAUCCCUGGAACAUGAAGAGGCAAAGAUUCUACGGGUACAACUUGAACUGACACAAGUCAAAUCUGAAAUUGAGAGAAAGGUGGCGGAAAAAGAUGAAGAGAUUGAUCAAAUUAAGAGAAAUAGUCAGAGAGCCCUGGAAUCAAUGCAGAGUACUUUGGACGCUGAGAUCAGAAGCAGGAAUGAUGCACUAAGACUGAAGAAGAAGAUGGAGGGAGAUCUUAAUGAAAUGGAGAUCCAACUGAGCCAUGCCAACCGCCAGGCUGCAGAGUCACAGAAACAACUCAGAAAUGUACAGGGACUACUCAAGGAUGUCCAACUGCAUCUUGAUGAUGCUUUGCGAGGAAAUGAAGAUCUUAAGGAACAACUGGCCAUGUCUGAAAGAAGAAACAAUCUCAUGACUGCAGAAAUUGAAGAGAUGAGGUCUGCACUUGAACAGACAGAUCGUGCACGCAAAGUGGCUGAACAAGAGUUGCUUGAUGUCACAGAGCGUGUUCAACUGCUCCAUUCCCAGAAUACCAGCCUUAUCAACACUAAGAAGAAGCUUGAAACUGAUGUCUCUCAACUGCAAAAUGAAGUAGAAGAGGCCAUCCAAGAGUCUAGGAAUGCAGAGGACAAAGCUAAGAAGGCCAUUACAGAUGCUGCCAUGAUGGCUGAAGAGCUGAAGAAGGAACAGGACACCAGCGCUCACCUUGAGAGAAUGAAAAAGAACCUUGAGCAGUCAGUGAAGGACCUUCAACUUCGCCUUGAUGAGGCUGAGCAGUUGGCAUUAAAAGGUGGCAAAAAGCAACUUCAGAAACUGGAGGCUAGAGUACGUGAACUUGAAAAUGAGCUUGAUGCAGAACAAAAGAGAGGCUCUGAUGCCAUUAAAGGUGUGCGCAAGUAUGAAAGAAGAGUUAAAGAGCUGACUUUCCAGUCUGAAGAGGACAGGAAGAAUGUUAUCAGGCUACAGGACUUAGUUGACAAAUUGCAGCUAAAAGUCAAGGCUUACAAGAGACAAACAGAAGACAUUGAGGAACAAGCAAACGUGCAUCUGUCCAGAUUCAGGAAGACUCAGCAUGAGCUAGAGGAGGCCGAGGAACGUGCUGACAUUGCAGAAUCUCAAGUCAACAAGUUAAGAGCCAAGAGCCGCGAUAUUGGCAAGAAAGCGGAAGAGUAAGAAGAACAAGCGACACUUUGCAGAAGAAGUUCAUAUAAUAUGGACUCUAUGUAAUUACAUAUUGUUAUGUAUUUAUCAUGUUUAGCUCUAGGUGCAAAUAAAAAAACCUCAUACAACUAAGAA